GUAAAGCUCCUCUAAACUGGAUCACCAACCGCCAAAAAACAUCCAACAGAGGAAGAAGUUGUGAUCCUGAUGGUUCAAACAUACGCGGGACUGUUUAAACUUUAAGGAAAGGUUUCAGCGUCAUGGAGUUUAAUGACAGUAUGUUGAUGCGGCGUGAGGCUGAGGUGAACCUGAGCACAGAGUCAGAUAAACAGUGGAUGACUCUGCACUGCGGCCAGUGUAACACAGUAGUGGGAGACGGACUCAGCAUCUGUGGAGAACUCACACCAAUGGACUCCAUCAUGUGUUUAAAGGUAACCAAUGAUGUGGCUGUCAGUGAUGAAAUGGAGGUACAUAAAGGGGAUAUGGCUCAAUGCAUCUACAGCCCUCUGAUGUGCAGAUGCUGCCACAGCACUGUCGGCAAAGUCAUUCACUCUCUUCCUGCUCGGUUGGCUGUGAGCCGCUCCGUGUUCCUCCUCAACAAAGCAAACAUCAGUUGUUAUAUCCUCAACAGCAGCUCAAUGGUAAAAGCAUCCACACUGACAUUUGACCUGAAGCCUCUGAGGGACAACAUGAGAGAGGUGCACCAAAAGUUUAAGACGCAGUAUGAGCGGAUGUUGCGAGUUAAGAGCAGAAUGUCUGACAGACGUGCUGCUUGUGGAAAAGUACUGUAGAUUAUAACCAGUCCUGGUUUUGGGUUCCAUGUGUUUUCCAACCUGUUGCCUCCCAGUUUUGAGUUUGUUUGUGUAUAUCGAAUUGUUUCAUCUUAUGGUUUUCAUUAAAGAUAUUCUUGUAAUGCAGUAA